UGGGACUUGACCAUCGAAGAGUUGAGGCAAUGGAAGGACGAAGGCGACAAGGAAAAUUACGACGACGUAGCCCCAGGCUACGAAACUGACGGCAAGGGGAGAGACUCGGGCACCAUCAGCAGACUCCAACAUGAGAAAGACAUGAGAAAAAUGUGGAGAUACGCAUACAGAACCACAGCCAACCUCGAGUCUUCCGGCAAAAUUUACGGUAAUACUCUCUCGACUCUCGAUUACAAGGACAACCGCACGAAUGCGCUGCGACAGAAGCUUAGAGAAGAUCCUGCAGUGAAUGUUGGCUUUAGCGUCGAUAAGCCCGUUCGCUUCAACCCGUACCCAAAUUACAAUGGUGAUGAGUGGAAAAAGCUUCAACACGCCGCUCACGUGGCUUGCAAGGGUCCAACUGGAGAGCCUGUCGAAGAUUUACUGGUUUUCAAGGGCCGCCCUCAUAAUUUCCCCGAGCCCAAUUUUGGAAGCUAUUCCUUGUUCAACAUGGAUCCCAACCUAUGCUGGGAGAGAGAUACACGCCUAGGUCCCUAUGGCCUUCUCCAACAGACAAAGAAGGUUGGUGGCGAAGUCGAGGUUAUCAACUGGGACAAUGUCAAUUGGGGCGAUCUGCAACGGCGGUGCUUGGAGGCAAACGCUGCGAGAUUCGAUCUGAACAGAGACAAGACAAACCCGUACUUGGACGUCUACCCAGAACUUAACAAGCCUGAAGCUCCCGAGGGCACCGAUAACAAAGCUACCGAUGCUCAGAAGGAUAAAGCCUCACCAGUCCAACCUCCCAGGUUGGACGAUAAGACGGUGAAGAUCAAGGGGCGGUCGCCGUUUGACUCCUCUGGUGCAGAGGAUAACUCCAAAAUCGUAAAAGAGAAACGAUCUGUAAUUCUCCUGCGAUCCUACACGGGCAAAACUUACUCCAAAAACGACAAGGAGACAAUUCGCGCUAUGAUUAGCGAGCUUUCGCUCAGGACUGGUGGUGAAUUCGAGGUUGUCCUACUUGUUCAAGUCAAGGACAACAAGCUCGAUAUUUUCGGUGACCCCGAAGUAUACCAAAGCGUUCUGCAAAAGCACAUCCCUCCAGAAUUCCACGGCAUCACCGUUUUGUGGAAUGACAAGCAGGUCUGGGAUAUUUACCCCAAACUCGAUGAGAAGGCUCGAACUGUUCACACGGCUCAAUGGCUAUGUGUGCAGAAAUUCAGUGCCGACCAUCCCGAAUUCGACUAUAUCUGGAACUGGGAGAUGGAUUUCCGGUUUACCGGCCACCAUUAUGAUAUGCUUGAUAACAUUGGGAAAUUUGCCGCCAAGCAGCCACGUCGAGGCUCCUGGGAAAGGAGUGAGCGGUGGUACAUCCCCGAAUACCACGGCGACUACGAUACGACCUUCCGGAAGGAAAUUGAGGAGACAUAUGCCGGUGACACUGUUUGGGGUGCCCCCGACCUGCCUUUUAUCAAGCCCGUUGGCCCCAAGCCUCCCGUUAAAACGCCCCAAGAAGACAAUUAUUCAUGGGGUGUCGGCGAGGAGGCAGAUUUCAUCGCCCUCGGCCCGAUAUUCAACCCUGUCAACAGCAACUGGAUUAUCCGUGAUAAUGUUUGGGGUUAUUCAGACAAAGAGCACAGGGCUCGUGAUCUUCCUCGUCGCACCACCAUCGUCACCCACUCUCGUCUGUCGAAGCGUCUUAUAGACAUCAUGCAUAUAGAGAACCUGCGUGGAAACCAUGUUGCAUCCGAGAUGACACCGCAAACCUUGGCCCUGAUUCACGGCUUCAAGGCUGUUUACGCCCCGCAUCCCAUCUUCACAGACCGGGAUUGGAACGGUAAAUUCCUCAACCAAUGGUUUAACCCUGGGCCCAAGGGAGAAUCCGGCGGAUACGGAAGCCCUAUGGGUUGGGGUAGAGAGAGACGAUUCCAGGGCAACACUUGGUACUAUCGAGCAGAGCCGCCGAACCGAAUGUACAACAACUGGAUGGGCUGGAUCGACACAGGUAUUGGAGGCGAGGAAUGGGAACAGGAAAACGGACGACCCUGCCUGCCGUCCAUUUUGCUCCAUCCAGUCAAGGAUACCACAACGGUCACUAAGAAAGACCACAAGACUGGCUUCGAGCUCUUCUACGAUGCGUAUAGCCCGGCGUUUUAUUUUAUGAUGGCACCGGAUUUCGGGCUGGUUGUUUAUUUGUCCGUUUGUUCUGCCUAUUUGCAUGACAGUACACCCGCACCACGGCGGUUUUUACUGCCCAGGCGAUCGACUCAGUCGUCAUUGUCGCAAGCACCAGGAGCUCCACCGCGAUUCCAAUCCACUCAGCGGUUUGGCUCAUCUUCGGCUCCUAGGCCAACGCAGGGUAGGGAGCUCGAUAUCGAGGAGUCUGAAGAUGGAGAGGAAGAGGAGGUUGUAUCUGAGUCGAGUUUAUCAGGCGAUGAGAGAGGGGCUACGGAGACGAGGCAGCCUGCUUCACGCCACUCUGUGCUUGAUAUUGAGUCAGAUGCUGGCGUACCAUCACAAGAGGACCUGUCACCUGAUGUGGCAGAUACAAGACCAAAGAUCCAUCGACGAUUUGAUAUUGAGUCUGAAAGUCCAAGUGAGGGCUCACAAGGCACUGAGGUGGGCAGAGAAGCGAAGCGUCGAAAGAUGUCGAUAUCCCCCACGCCUUUGUUCGGUUCUCCAGGUGUGACCCACGAGGAGACUAACUUUGAUACUGAAGACGGAGCUUCGGUGAUGAGCACGGACAGUGGCGAGGAGUCACCUAUAACCAUGCGGAAUUCCAAGGCUCUUCAGCAGCCUAUUUUUCAACAGGCGCCGCGUUUCAAGCCUCUCGACGCUGCGAAUGCACUUGGUGGCCUCCCGGCAGCAUUUUCACCGCAGCGGAGAGGAGCGAGAUACCUCCCCGGAGGGAUGGCGGCGCAGCUUCAAGGAUGGCUUUCUGAAAUCAAGGGGUGGGAAGAGAACAUUGGAAAGGCCGAAUCGGUGAUAAAGAUUAAGGUGGACCAGAUUAGGUCGGGGAGGCGAAUGUAUCUCAUAGAAGGCCGCGAUCCUUCGGCAGAGGCAUCUAAGAAAUGGAUACUGGCCGGGGAGGGAAAGUUGACUGGGCUGGGUAAACGGGCUGAAGUGAAAAUUGGGAGCGUGGUGUUGAUUGAGCAACCUGUUUGGGAUGUUGAGUUGGAGGGAAGUAGUUGGAAUGUGGCC